CUCCUCCUCUGUCCGGCCGGCAAAGUUGUUACUGCCAGACUGGAAGUGUUCUCCAACUGGACAGAGGAAACACGGAAAUCUUUUCUAACUCCAGCUGCCCCCCUUUCAACCCGCAACCGGAUAAAUGUCCUAGCUGGACGCGUAAUUGCGCGUAGGAAUGCGUCUCACCGGUCACCUUCCGAGCUUAGGAUAAAGUACUCUCAUGUCUUUUAUGCGGUGUUUAGGAGACAACUGUUUUGUAUGUGGAUUUCCAUCCCUCCAUAUAAACAAAAGAAAAAGUAUGAUCAGUGCGGAUGUGUAAAAACAUCAACUACUCUCUUUAGUUUCUUGGUAUCAGUGUCAGCCCCGCAUCCUCCGUUUUUAAAAUGCUGAUCCUCGUGUACACAGUUGUGUUCUUUUACCUCACGCAGUCCGCCGGCGCCGAGCCGAACGCAACAUGUCCCACACGGUGCGAUGUGACUACCUGCCCGGGCCCGAGCUGCCCCAACGGCUACGCGCUGGACCGCUGCAGCUGCUGCCUGGUGUGCGCCCCGGGGGAGGGAGAGCCGUGCGGCCGCCGGGACGAUCUGCCGUGCGGGGUCGGCCUGCAGUGUAAACACAAGGCGAGCAAGCGUUUCUCCAGCGGAUUCUGCCAGUGCAAGUUGAGCCACGUAGUUUGCGGCAGCGACGGGAAACCCUACGUCAACGUUUGCCAUCUGAGGACGAGCAGCAGGAAGGCCCUGCAGCUGGGACUCCCCGGCAUCACCCAGGUCCAGCGUGGAGCGUGUGACGCCAGCAUAGAUCCUUCAUAUGCCGACAGUCCUCGUUACAAGUUCAACUUCAUAGCUGAUGUAGUGGAGAAAAUCGCUCCUGCUGUGGUCCACAUCGAGCUCUUUCUCAGGCAUCCUCUCUUUGGUCGCAACAUCCUUCUAUCUAGUGGAUCUGGAUUUGUGAUGACAGACAAUGGACUUAUUGUGACUAAUGCCCAUGUAGUCUCCAGCACUACUCCAGUAUCCGGUCAACAACAUAUCAAGGUCCAGAUGCAUAAUGGAAAUGUAUAUGAAGCCAGCAUCAAAGACAUGGACAAAAAAUCGGACAUUGCAACCAUCAAAAUCAACUCACAGACAAAGCUGCCCGUACUGUUUCUGGGCCACAGUGCAGACUUGAGGCCGGGGGAGUUUGUGGUUGCGAUUGGCAGCCCCUUUGCCCUCCAGAACACUGUCACCACUGGCAUCGUCAGCACGGCACAGAGAGAUGGCAAGGAGCUGGGCCUGCCGGACUCGGACAUGGACUACAUCCAGACGGAUGCUAUUAUCAAUUACGGGAAUUCCGGCGGACCUCUUGUCAAUUUGGAUGGGGAAGUGAUUGGCAUCAACACCCUGAAAGUUGCAGCGGGAAUCUCAUUUGCCAUUCCCUCUGACAGGAUCACUCGCUUUCUCAAUGAUUCCCUCGACAAGCAUAACAAGGACGUAAGCGUAAUGAAGAAGCGUUUCAUUGGAAUCCGGAUGCUGACAAUCACACCAGCGUUAACUGAAGAGCUAAAACAGCAGAAACCAGAUUUCCCUGAUGUUACCAGUGGGAUUUAUGUCCACGAGGUCGUCCCACACUCACCUGCACAGAAAGGUGGCAUCCGAGACGGUGACAUUAUUGUGAAACUAAAUGGCAGACCACUGAUGACAACAGCUGACCUGCAGGGGGCGCUGCAGGAGGAGACAGCCUUGCUACUGGAAGUCAGGAGGGAUAAUGAUGACCUGCUCUUUAAUAUCGAACCUGACAUCAUUAUGCAGUAGACAUUGUCGACGCAGCACUGCUGCAGAGUCAGGCCUACAGCGGAAAAGAACCUGGUGGAUGGUACAACUUAACUGUAUCAAAAUAAAAGGUGGAAAGUAUCAUUAAGGACAACAUGGGACAUGCCCACCCCCUCUAUCAGGUCAAUGGUGGAAUACCCUGCAGUCACCCACACCCAUUUAAUGAAUGUUAACUAUGUGCUUCUUUUACAACGAUAGUUUCAGUCAGUAUAUAGAUUUAAAUGAAGCUCGAAAAUAACUAAACAACAACAGCUGUUGGGCAGCACCUUAUGGUGCACAUGUGGGAAAUGACAAGGUAAAAGCAAAGUUGAAUCAUGUACUGUGGAAUUGAUUAAUAAAAUUGAAUAAAAUUCUACUUAAAAAUGUGUUGAUAGUACACAGAUAAUCAAAUGAAUUUACUUUCUCAUAAGCAUUUUUCAUGCAAAGAUUAUUCUUCCAGAGAGGGUAUGAUGGUCAUAUGCAUUGUAAAACCCACAGCACUCCAAUGCUUUCACCAAUAUCUAUGCAUGGGUAUGGAGCUAAUGACCAGGCCAGAAUCCUUGUUGCUCCUCAGAACUGUAUAUUGUAUUGGGUGUCAGCACGCCAAGGUCUUAAUAACAUCAUUAAUUAUCCCUAUUAUUAUUUCCACUGGAACAACCAGUCAUAUGGAGCUUGAAUAUGACUGUUGCACAACGGUUCCUGGUCUCCCCACCUCCUCACUCUCUUCUCUCCUCUCAUCCCAUUUUUCUCUGCUCACCCCAACCAGUCGGGGCAGAUGGCCGUCCACACUGAGUCUGUUUCUGCCGGAGGUUUCUUCCCAUUAAACAGUUUUCUUUCCGUCCACAGUUGGCAACUGUUUGCUUGUUGUGGGAACUGUUGGGUUUCCCUAUAAUAAUGUAUGGUCUGAUUCUGUGUUUUGAUUCUGCGCUAUACAAAUAAAAUUGAA